AUGACCUCAGAGCCAGCUGGGGUCGAGGUUCAGAGAUCGAUCCUGGCUCCCAUGCUCUUCCUGGAAACGGCAGUGGGCAUUUCUGGGAACAUCGUGGUCAUUGUGACCAAGAUCAAGAACUCAAAGCUGGUCCGCUCCAACUUCGGGAUCCUCAUGUUCAAUCUCUCGGUGUCGGAUCUGGGCUGCAGCCUGGUUAUAAUGGUCAGCGCACUGGUCUCUGUACUGGCCGGGAGCUGGGUACUGGGAGCUGUUCUGUGCGACCUGGUGUGUCUGCUGAACUACACUUUCAUUAUCGUCUCAAUGGGAACACUGGGCGCUAUCUCUCUGGAUCGGUUCGUUGCCGUGGUUUUUGCCACCCAGUACCGGACUCUGUUUCCGCGGGGCAUGGCCGUGCUGGCCUGCGUCUCGACGUGGAUCUCGGGGCUCGUGUUUGGCAGCGUGCCCGUCAUACUGCAUUGGGUCAGUUAUGACGGUUCAGAGCUGGUAUGCACUAUCCGGUGGAACGAGGAUUUUCAUCGUGUUGUGAUUUAACGCUCUGUGCCUUCGCUGUGUGCUUCCU